AUGACAACCUCUAAGGACAUAGACCUCCUUAACGCGGCAUUUUCAGCCAUAAUUAAGGGUGAAAUUUUUAUAUCCAAAAAAGAAUUUCAAGAAAGGCAAAACCGUCACGAUGGUAUCAUAUAUCAGCAAGUUGACUUGCAUUCUUUUCAUAAAUUCAAUCUUGUUGGUGGUAUUGUGGAUCAAGAAAUGCAAACCUUUCAUCCUUCUAGACCUCUGCUGUACGUGAAAACUCUCACUGGUAGAACUUUGACGAUUGAAUUUAAAGAAAAUGAUACAAUUGCCAAUUUAAAACUAAAAAUUCAGGAUAUGGAAGGAAUUUUACCAGAAGACCAAAGGCUUAUUUUUGCAGGUAAGCAAAUUUAUGAUGAUUAUAAGACGUUUGCUGACUGCAAAAUUAAGAGAGAAGAUACAUUACAUCUCGUGUUACGCUUGAGGGGUGGUGGAUGUGUACUUAGUUACUUGGAUCCAGAUUUUUUGGACCCAAAGUACCAUUAUGAUUUUACUAAUAUAGAUGAUAAAGGAAAGACAUAUAUUCGUGGGAAUAUUCAGUAUCAAAGACCAUGUGGCUGGAGACGAUUCGCUGUAAAAGUCUCUGGGAAGUACGAUAAUGGUGAUGACACAUGGCUUGGUAUCGGUAAAAAUUCCUGGCCAGUAUCAUAUCAUGGUACUGAUAAGAAUAACACGAAGUCAAUUGCAGAGGAUGGAUAUUUAUUGAGCAAAGGAAAACGUUUUGCUUUUGGGCGUGGCAUUUAUUCAACACCUAAUAUAGAAAUAGCAGAAAUGUAUGCACCGGAAUUUCAGUUUGAAGGGAAAACUUAUAUGGCAGUUCUUCAAAAUCGAGUAAAUCCUGUAAAUUUACAUAGAAUUUCGAAACGGACAACUGAAAUUGGUGAGUAUUGGAUUUCCAGAAGAGAUACAGAUGUUAGGGCAUACGGAAUUUGUAUUAAAAGAAAGGAUACGAAUUAUACUCGUAACACUCAAUAA